UAUAUAGCUCCUUUGGCAGUUCUCUUCCAAGGUCCUACUUCUCUGUGUAGGUUUGUGCUAAUUUGCUCUCAGGAAAUUCUACGAAAUCUGAGAGGAAGAUUCUCUUUCCAGCAGUGAAACUUUCAAACUGCUAGGAAGAGAAGAUGGACUACGUCAAUGGACCAGGAAGGCACCACCUCUUUGUCCCGGGGCCCGUCAACAUCCCGGAACCAGUCAUUCGGGCAAUGAACAGGAACAAUGAAGAUUACCGCUCUCCUGCUAUUCCAGCAAUGACCAAAGUUCUCCUUGAGGAUGUGAAGAUGAUUUUCAAGACUACAUCUGGAACCCCAUUUCUGAUCCCAACCACUGGUACUGGUGCAUGGGAGAGUGCACUCACAAACACAUUAUCUCCAGGCGACCGGAUUGUAUCUUUCCUGAUCGGUCAAUUCAGUCUGCUCUGGAUUGAUCAGCAGCAACGUCUCAAGUUCAAUGUCGAUGUUGUCGAAAGUGAUUGGGGCCAGGGUGCCAACCUAGAGGUUCUGGAAGCAAAACUCGCAGAAGACCGUGCCCAUUCCAUCAAGGCAAUUUGCAUUGUUCACAAUGAGACAGCAACUGGAGUUACUAAUAACUUGGCAAAAGUGAGACAACUACUUGAUGACUAUGGGCAUCCAGCACUGUUGCUUGUUGAUGGGGUGUCUUCCAUAUGCGCUCUUGAUUUCCGCAUGGACGAAUGGGGAGUUGAUGUUGCUUUAACUGGCUCUCAGAAAGCUCUCUCUCUUCCCACUGGGAUCGGUAUUGUGUGUGCUAGCCCCAAAGCUCUGGAGGCCUCUAAAUCCGCAAAAUCGGUGAGAGUCUUCUUUGACUGGAACGACUACUUGAAGUUCUAUAAGUUAGGAACAUAUUGGCCCUACACCCCUUCCAUCCAGUUGUUGUAUGGGCUGAGGGCAGCUCUCGAUCUCAUUUUCGAGGAAGGACUCGACAAUGUGAUCGCAAGGCAUAGUCGUUUGGGGAAAGCAACAAGGCUUGCUGUUGAGGCAUGGGGGUUGAAGAACUGCACCCAAAAGGAGGAAUGGUACAGUGACACAGUGACUGCUGUUCUUGUUCCUCCUUACAUUGAUAGUACAGAGAUUGUUAAAAGAGCAUGGAAAAGAUACAAUCUGAGCUUAGGACUUGGCCUGAACAAGGUAGCUGGGAAGGUUUUCAGAAUAGGGCAUCUUGGUAACCUGAAUGAGGUACUCUAA